AUGAAGAAGACGAAAAUGUCUGGUUGUUUGGAUAGAGGUCGAUGUUCUGCUUCAGGCGGCGGCGGCGACGACGGCGAUGGAGAGGCAGGAGGGAGGAGCGGCGCCUUCAAAGCGGACAAGAGGAACAGAGCAAAACAACGAGUGUUCUUUUUUCUCAGGGCAAAGACUUUUUUGGGUCACCCACAUUUCAAGUCUUCGCUUUCCAUUCUCAACAUGUUCUUCUUUGCUUAUCUUGCUAAGCUCACCAAUGGCGGAGCCUAUAAUCCCCUCACUGUCUUGUCCUCCGCCAUCUCUGGAAAUUUCGCAACCUUCCUCUUCACUGUUGGUUCAAGAAUCCCCUUUCAGGUGUUGGGAUCGAUAAGUGCGGUGAGGCUUAUCCUGGGUAUCUUUCCAGAAAUAGGACGUGGGCCCCGACUGAAUGUUAGUCUGUAUGAAGGUGCAUUGACUGAAGGGUUGUUGACAUUCACGAUUGUCCUCAUCUCACAUGGAGUCUCUACCAAAAUACCCGGAAGUUUCUUGAGGAAAACAUGGAUCAGUAGUGUCUCAAAACUUGCUCUUCAUAUACUCGGAUCAGAUCUAACUGGUGGUGCUAUGAACCCAGCUUCUGUAAUGGGGUGGGCUUAUGCACGUGGUGAUCAUAUAACGAAAGAGCAUUUAGUUGUUUACUGGGUUGCCCCUAUGGUAGCAACCCUAUUAGCAGCAUGGACCUUUAGGCAUCUUGUACGUCCCUCAGACUCAAAACAAGACAAACAGAAGAAGACUAAUUGAAGUUGAUUUGCAUUUGAAUUUUCAAUUUUGAAGUCGAUUGUAGUUGUGUGUUCAGAAGGAGCACAUCACAUCGUGCUUGUAAAUUAAUUAUUCUUCUGGGUAACUACUUUAGACCAUGUAUUAUGGGCUUUUUGGUGAAACAUGUCUUUCUUUUUAGCACAAGUAUCUAAAUGUAGACAUGUUGUAUUUAAUGAUUCAACUCAAAUUUCAAUCUUG